CCCCUCUCGUAGCAAGAUGUGCCCGCCCCUUCCGGGGGAAACGAGAGCGGAGGAGGAAGAGGAGGAAAUCGGGAAUCAUGGCCCGGCGAAUUCUGUAAGUGGCCGGUAACGCGAGGGAGGGAGUUUCCCUCUGGCUCCGCUUCUGCGCCCCGUGCCGGGUGCGAGUCUGGCGGCGGCGGCGGCUCCCGCUUCUUUUGAAAGGGCUGCCGGGCUUAGCGAGGACCUCGCGGCCGUGGUGGCGCAGCCCGGAAGGCGCUGCCCCUGCUGACCUCCGGCGGGCGGGAGGCUCCCCGGGUCGAGUCCCAAGCGCGGCUCCUUCAUAAACGCCACGGCGGGCGAAGCGGGGCAGGCAGAAGGAAGCGGCUUCCUAGCGCAACGGGCAGUGUUGCCAUGCAUGGUGCCCUCCAGACGCCAUUGGCCAACAAUAAAUCCUGCAUUGCAGGCGGCUGGACUAAAUGACCCUCGGUCCCUUCCAACUCUACAGUUCUAGGAACUACCGCCAUACCUGGCCAGGCUGAUGGGAGUUGCUCAAGGAAUAUAUCCCUAUUUCUGUCACUGUUCUCUACUGUUUGGAGGUCAUCAAAUAGAAAAUCCAGUUAUAUGAUUAAAAUUAAGCAAAUGCAGGCUUUUUGCUGUGCAUCGUCUUUGUUUAGUUGGAGUUGCUUGGAACAGAAUAAAUUCAUUUAGAUCACCUUUCCUUAAGAGAUAGAUGUAUAAGGAAAAAGAAGCAGCUUGUUCUUUAAAACUAAGGUUUCAUAGCAGAUUUAUUCUUUUUAUUUAUAGCUUGAUGGCGAGUUUAUGAUUCCCACUUCCUGGUAAUAAAUGUACUUGAAAUAAUUUGUAUUAAGAAUUCCAGUCCCCCCAAUGGAAUUGUUUAUUACUUCUGUCUAUAGAUAUCCCCUGUACCAGUAUGGAAAUCCUCAAACAAGGGUUUUCCGGACAGAUUACUUCUUGACAAUGGUGAGGCCUGGUGUUCCGCAGCCAGAAGACACUGUGCAAUUCCGCAUCCCUAUGGAGUAAGUACAUACAAGGAAAGGAACGUCUGCUUAUCGGGUUAAAAUGAAACACUUCCAGAAGACAUCUCCCCAGAAUGUUGCAAGUAUUCUGGGUCCAAAGGACAAAGACAAGGCUUAGAAUCAUAGAAGGGAUUCAGGGGUCAUCUAAUCCAACACCUGCAAUGCAGCGUACUCAGCUGAAGUGUCCAUGACAGAUGGCCAUCCAACCUCUGCUUAAAAACCUCCAAGGAAGGAGAGUCCACCACCUCCCGAGGGAGUCUGUUCCACUGCUGAACAGCUCUUACUGUCAGAAGGUUUUUCUGAAUGUUCAGUCGGAAUUUCCUUUCUUGUAACUUGAAUCUAUUGCCUUGAGUCCUACCCUCCAGAGCAGGAGAAAACAAGCAUGUUCCCUCUUCCAUGUGACAGCCCUUUAGAUAUUUGAAGAUGUCUAUGAUAUCUCCUCUCAGUCUCCUUUUUUCCAGGCUAAGCAUAGCUAACUCCUUCAAGCACUCCUCAUAAGGCUUAGUUUCCAGACCCUUGAUCAUCUUGGUUGCCUUCCUCUGGAUACAUUCCAACUUGUCAACAUCCUUCUUAAAUCGUGGUGCCCCGAAUUCAACACAGUAUUCCAGGUGUGGUCUGACCAAGGCAGAAUAGAGUGGUACUGUUAAUUCCCUUGAUCUGGAUACUAUCCAGUGGUGGCCUUCCAAACAGGUUGAAAUGUCUGGGCUCUCUUCAAGCACAGCCUCACAUAGAUCUGAUUUGUAUGUCACAUUAUUCCAAACUAUGACAUAAUGGGAAUUUGCGGGAUCCUGGGGACUGCUUUGUUCCUCCCUAGUUCUCCCGCUGGGCUUGGCUGAGUUGAGCUUAGCCUUUGCUGUCUGAACCCAGGUCAUGAGUUAGCUCUCCAGGACAAGCAGUGAGCCAUAAACCAUGGACAUGCCUUGAUUACAGCUCACGAUUAGUCUGGUGAAAGCUAAAUUAUGAGCCUGGCUUUGUAGAGCAUGCUAACCCAAGGCAAGGUUUAUCUCAGCGCAGCAACAGAAUAACUGUGGAAGAGCAAUGCAGCCAUGAUCUCCUCACACAGAGCCUGUACGUUUGUGUGUUCAUUGUCAAGCAAUGGUUAGGCUUAGUUGAUGGGCGAACCAAAACAAAGAAUGCAUUUCAGUCAUCUAGCCUGGAGGUGACAAGUGCAUAGGUUGGUUUCUCCAGGAAAAGACCUAACAGCUACUCCUGGGUAACUAGAAUCCACAGCCAACAGUAGCUCUGUUGUGUCUGGGUUAAGCUCCAGGUUUUUUUUUUUUACUCUUGAUUUGUGUUAAUAAAAUCUGCACCCCCCUGCCAAAUAUAUUUCUCCCAAAGACAUAGAUUGUUGUGUAGCUAUCUUAGGUAAAGGUAAAGGGAACCCUGACCAUUAGGUCCAGUCGUGACCGACUCUGGGGUUGCGCGCUUAUCUUGCUCUGUAGGCCGUGGGAGCCGGCGUUUGGCCGCAGACAGCUUCCAGGUCAUGUGACCAGCAUGACUAAGCCGCUUCUGGCAAACCAGAGCAGCACACGGAAAUGCCGUUUACCUUCCCGCCAGAGCGGUUCCUAUUUAUCUACUUGCACAUGACGUGCUUUCAAACUGCUAGGUAGGCAGGAGCAGGGACCGAGCAACGGGAGCUCACCCCGUCACGGGGAUUCUGAUCUUACCAUUUUAAAAAAAUAUAUAUGCUAGAAGUGUUUCUUUCUGUGUUGUAAUUGUUUGCAUUUGGUGCAGAAUGACAAGAGUGGAAUUGAAGGAUUACCUUGAAAGUAUAUAUAAAGUGCCUGUGGCUGCUAUAAGAACCAGGAUACAGCAUGGUGAGUCUUCUGUAUACAUUUGGAGGGCAUUUGGAGUUCUGUUUUCCAACAGAACUCUUUCAGUUUAUUCCUCCCAAUUAAUUCUAUCUUAUUUGGAAAGGCAGUUGUUCGCUACUGAUUAUUGAUGCCCAAUACAACAAGAUUAUAUUUCUUUCUAAUUGAAACAGUUCCUGUAUUGAUGUUGUUAUCAUCUCUGUCUUCUUAUUCCUGGGAGGAUCACAUGUGGAUUACACUCUAUCCUUAAUGAUUCAUAUAUAAUCCUUAGAAUUUACUAAUUAUCCAGCCAUCCUCUGGGGGGAUUGUGGUCAAAGCUAAAAAUUUGGGAAAGGUGGCCCUGAAACAAAUGAGUGUUCAGGUCCAUCUUCAUAAAGUUCAAAGGCAUAAACCAAACUCAAUUUUGGACAAGGAAACACAAUGGAAAAUGUGUUUGCAUUUGUCCAAAAUUGAUUUUUGCCACCUAUCCCAGGACUUAGGAAUGUUAUGGUCUGAAGGCCCACCAUCUUGCUGAAGCUGAACAGAUCUGCAUCUGACCAGUACUUGGGUGGGAGACUCCUUCAGAACCACACACCUGCUGCAGAAGAAAGGCAGGAAAUCUAAAUGGAAGAAAAUGCAGUCCUCAAAUUGAGUCCAGCCCCUUUGUAAGAAAGUCUGGAGUAUGGUUUUCCUUCAAGAAUAUCGUUGGUAUAGUAGAGAGCAGUAGAGACUCAGGAUUGCAAGAUUGGUUAGGAAAGUAAAUCUUUUUAGAUAACAAGCUUCAAAUUUAUAAGAGAGAGAAAAUGAACAUAUAAAGGAGAUGGAUAAGUAAAGGGCAAAAAUGUGAGGUUUGCUAAAGCACCCUUAGCCAAAUAAAUGAGACAAACUGUGCUGAACUUUCUAACCAUGCUGAGUGCUUUAUUGUCUGUGAGCACAGUCCGCUGGGAGUUUGAUUUCUAUGAACUUUCCAUCCUCCUUAUAGAAUCCUAAACCACUGGAAACUAGUACGUGUGCAUGAGGAGAGAGAAGGGUGGGGGUUGAGGAAAUAUGAUGAAUGUGUGGAGAUUUAGCUCAGACUGUUCCAAUGUGUAUAUUUUCUGGGUUCUGUAUUAAUUGUAAAUACAUCAUUUUAGAAACAGAAAUGACACUUUCUGCUGUGCAUAGAUAAGGAUGGCAGGUCAGGCUGAGGAACUUGAACUGUGCCAAUGUGGAUGCUUCUCUCAGUUUAGUAAAAAGUUUCUCUCUUGUACCGUGACAUAAUAUGUGGAUUUUUAAAAAAUAUAUACUGAUGCUUUACAUUAAUUAUCUUUGUGUGUUGCUAUGACCUACAGCUCAUGCAGUUAAAUAGAAAGUUGAUUACAGUGUAAAACAGCAUCAUGGGCAGUAAAACUACAUCCUUGGCACUCAGGAAGGGCAGCUGGUGAGACUACAAAACUCAUUUCCCCCAAAGAUCAGAACCAACUCUAAUUGAAAAAAACAUUUAUUAGGGAAGGGUGGAAUUGCUAGUUUGUGGAAAGUGAAGUGAAGCCUUCAUAUGCUUAACAGGUUCAAUGAAGCAGAGGGAUCACAGAAACCGACGAAUCAAGAAGCCUGAUUACAAAGUUGCUUAUGUACAGCUGGUGAGUAAAUGCAUUUCUUAAGUGGCUGGGCCCAAACAUUCUAAAUCUUAAAAAUCAUUAAAGUUAAUGCAAUUUAGGCGGAUCUGCAUAAUGUUCCUUCAUUUACACGGAGUAGUUUUUGGUAGAUUCUCUCUUUUUCAGUUGCCUGUUUUGAUUUGAUUUAUUUCCCUUUUAAGAACUAAUAGUGUUAUUAUUAUUAUUUACUUUUUAUUAAAGAUUUUAUUGGGUUAGAAAAAUACCUGCACUGUCUCUAUUUUCAGAUUGCGUAGUCUUUUCUACAAAUCAGUUACAUUCGAUGUGAGACAUUAAUGUUGUACACGGUAUAAGGUUGGAGGAGAGAGGGGGUAGACUUAAAUUCUUUUACAUAAUGUAUAUGUGGGGUUUUUGCAUCAGCGUCACUUGGGUAGGUUCUCAUUAAUUUUUAUUUAUUGACAUAUUUAUCUCACAUUCUUGAGGGGAGAGGCUGGGCCAGGAUGUUACAAUUCUGAGGGCUACAAGAAAGUGACUGAGAAAUUGUUUAAAGUGCUUUUAUCCCCAAUGUUCACUGUUUUCUUAGUGCAGCAGUUCAUGGACUCAGAAUGUUGACUCUGUGAUGCUAAUGUCAUGUCCAUUCUGCUAGUCUCACAACUGGAUUCUCACUUUUUUUUGCAGCAGCUGAAGAACACACAUUUGAACAGGACAGCUGUAGAGUGAAAUCGUUUAAUCUUACUGGCAAUAUUAGUAUCAAUUCUCUUUUAAUUUUUGGUAUCCUCAGCGUGUAGCCAAAAAUUGUGUUUGCUCUUCUCCCAGCUCAGGAACUGGAGGGGUUUCAUAUGCCUUGCUGCAUUGGGCUUCAUGGAUCAAAGUCUUGCUGUUUUGGACCUGUGAAGCUCAGGGAGGCUGCAGAGAUCAGCUCCUCCUGCUCCUUUCAGGCUUGAGAGAAGGUCGGGGAGCCUUGCUGAACUUCACAGGUGCUCUUUUGAUGCAGACAGGUUUGUGUGUGUGUAUCUUCACUCCUUCUGUGCCCUGCACACUCUUUGUAUCUUUUGGCUCCCUGAUAAUUAACGAUUGCAUCUUAAUGAGUUGCUGAUCUGUGAGAUGACUCUUCAUUCUUUCUAUUUUAAGCCACCUUUAGUUAACAUUUUCAGAGACAAAUGGAGAAGCUCUUCUUCAACCUUAACGGGUUUGUCCUUAUCUGUGCAAAGUUUCUAGGUUGACCUUAAUCUUGCUCUCAACAAUGACUCACCUUCGGUUCCUCAUGACUGGGAAGUCUUUGAACCAAUAGUCAUAUUUUUUAAAAACCCACUUCUCAUUAGUUUUUAAUUAGUGGCUAAUCCUGUAGGGCUCCUGUUAUGUUUUUCUUGCUUAGUUGUGCGUAACUCAGUAUUACAUUAGAAAUAAUAUUACUCAUGAAUGACGUAGGAGGAAAAACAUUGCUAAGGCCUGAUUUAUAUCAAAUGGAUGCAUUUGAGGUGGUGGCCAUCAUAAAUCAGGUACCUCCCCUAGGCUCUGUUUGCAAAGGUGAGCUAGGAUGCUCUAGCUUCCUGCCUUGGUUCGUGAUGUGGUAUCAUUUUCACAAAGAGCUAGUCCAGGAUGAAACAGACAAGAAGAGAGUCCUUGGUCAUUUCGAGGUUCUUUUCCGUCCUCCUUCCUUUGCUUCAAACCCUGCUUCACCCCUGGAUUGGAGUAAACAAGUCCAAGGCUCAAACAAGUUGAUGUUUCUUGGACGUUCUGGGUAAUCCUUUAAGAAAGCCAUCUGUUUUGGAAGGUUUUCAUGUUUGCCUCCUGAAAGAGUCAGUAGGUGGCAGCAUUAUUCUUCCCUGUAUUCUUUGUCUUUGGUUGCUGGCAUUCUUACGCAUCUGAGAAAUAUUGUUUUGUCUUGAAGGCAGCAGUUACGUUUCCCUACUCUGGAAGUCAUCAGCUUCUAGUUUCCAGGGCAACUUAUGCAAUAUAAUAUGCACACAUUAAUCAUUGCAUUUCAAGUGUUGGAAGAUGAAAACCCUGAUGUGUUAGACAUCAUAUAACACAUAGCCGUACGGGCGAGAGUAGAGAAUUGACUCGCAUGCACAAGGACCAGGUUGUCUGGAAGAUUGAGAACUCUUUCCCCCCCACACACACCGAACUUGGCAAGUGAAUAGUUCAGCGCAGGUGGUAUUUGUCUCCCACUGCAAAUGACCUCAAAUUAGUGCUUGUGGUCAAUAUCACCUUCAGGAGUUUCAGGCUGUUCUUGGUGUGCUCUCUCCCUUCUUCCCGAGGAGAAAACGUUUUGUAGCCUUGAUUAUGAUGCAGAACUAAUGAUUGCCUUUUAUGCUUCAAAAACUAGAACCAGGUUAUAUAUCAAAAUGGAAACUGCUUCUGUGCCUGGAGAACCUCAGCUGCUCUCUGCCCUUCUUCCCUCGCCUCCUGCUGUUAGUGAGGUUCAGGCAUGCAAGAUCUGUGGGUGCAUUUACCAGGUUAGCUGAUGCCAAAUCACUUGAGAAGGGUGUGUGACCGAGUGGCUAGCAUAAUCGUCUUGGAACCUUCUAAAAACUCAGAAGCUUGUUGCUUCGAAUAGUUCAUGGCUGGCACGUGUGAUGUGGUUUGGGGGUCGUGCAAACUAUGCCAGCUGUGUUCCUGGUUGUUGUUGUUUUGCAGCCUGCUGGUUCUGUUGCAGAGAGUCACUGUUCAUCAAAUUACAGUGCAGUCAACAACUUCACCUGGUAGAAGUAGUAAGGCACUUCUCCCUUCUCCCCGGUUUGGAUCCCGUUACAGUCAUGUAUGCCUUCAGAACUUCAAGGCGAGAUUUGCGUAAAGGACUAUUCAUGGAGCUGCCCUUGGAUGGCUCUGUGGAAGCUUCAGGUGCUGCAGAACACAGCAGUCCGUCUGACGGGUGUGGGUCUUUGAGAUCAUAGUAGACCUUCCCUGGUUGGAGCAAAGUGGUUUGUUCGUAAGGUUCAUUGCUCCCAUAGCUGUAAUCCUAUCCUAAACGAGACCCAUAGCAAAUGUCCAUUGACCCUGCUGAGAGAUUUUGUCCAUGGGUCCUAAACAAAUGGUUGUAAAUGUGGCAGAAGUUCAGAUUUGACUGUCAGUGAGUAAUAAACCACCAUCUUUUACACUUGCGGCCUUUGCUAUGACAAAAGAUAUAGGGUUUCUGUAUGGAUAUUUAGCCCUCUGUGUGUAGUUAUUCCUCUGGAUAUAGUUGAAGUUACAAAAUGGUCAAGUUAAACUAGCUACUGAACAUGCACAGUAACUAUUUUUCAUAAAGCUUUCAGCACUCCGGAAUCUGACCAGUGCAAAAUUACUGCAUGGUAUUGUGAGGAUUUAUAAGGCUUUCAGUUCUGAGAGUUCAAUGUAAUGUCUUGGCUGUUUCAAAUCCUAUCCGGCCGCUGGCCAAGAUCAGCAUUUCUCGGCAAAACAAGAGGUGGAAAGAGCCAACUUGUCUGCACUGACUUCUAUUUAUUAAAAGGUUCCAGAAACAGAUUGACUUCUGCUCAAUAUUUGAUUUUGACCAGCCUUGGAACUGGGAACUGGGAGCACUUUCCCUAGAUAGCUGGAAGGGUAUUGUCUAGUUCUGCUAUCACGUCUGAGCAUUGCUCUAUGCCUUCUUACUUGAAACAAAUGAAGAGGAUGGGAAAGAGAUGUAGCAUUUCGUGGAAACAUCUGCCCUGAGCAGUAUACUUUCAGCCUCCCAACUCUGUGACUAGGGUUGAGUGUGCAGAAGAAAAGUUCAAGGGCUAGCACCUUGGCUCAUCCCACAGACCAUAUCCUUGCGCUUUGAGAACAGAAGGUCCCAUGUCUACCAUAAGACAAGGCCUCUCAGUUUUCAGCUUGGCAGUAACCCCAACCCUGGUAUAUGUAGAAGCAUCACUCAGUGACGACAUUGUGCAGGCAAGGAGAAGGGACAGGUGGCAACCAUGCUAAUGUUGCUUGGUGACUUUCCAAUGCUGCCCUUGGUGUCUAUACUGGAGUUAUUUUUGUUGCUUUAUUUUGUUUUUUCGUUUCUUUAGAACUAAGGUGGACAGCAACAGCACACACCCAAAAUGCUCCCAGGUGUUAAAAGCCCUUUCUCUCUCUUUCUUGUGUUGUUUCUGGAAAAUGUUCACGCUUGGAUUUCAGUAGACCUCCGGAACAGUUAUCAAAAAUGUUUCUGGGAUCUUUCCUAAAGGGCAGAAUUAGAGGAGCAGGACAGAGAAAUUGCAUUUGGCAAUGGCAUGCAGGGGUGGAAAUUGUCUCUUAUGUAUGUAGGGGUCUGACCUCCUAUGUUAGAACUUGGAAUGACAUAGUAGUGCUUCUGCUAUGAGGCCUGGAUCUCUGUAAAUUAGGACCAAGAUCUAUCACCUGUGCUGUAGGGUGAGAAGCCAUAGAUGUAGCAAGCUAAAAUUGCACCUUCUUGUGGGCCUAGUUCCCUUGUGCACACAUCCAAAAUCAUUGCAGGAGACCGCUAUCAUUGGCAAAAGCUCAGUUAGCUUGCAAAGCAAAAUUUGAUUUGUAGAAAUGCAGCAAAAAUGCUCAUGUCUUCUGAGUUUUAUAUGCUGUUGAUUUCCAAGUUCUUUAGGGGUGGGCUAAAGCUGUGAAGGUAUUUUGGAAAGUAGUUUCAAAAUAGCCCCAGACAAUAUUUUUAUAACACCUCUUUCUAUGCGACGUUAUUGUCUGAUAGUUUUAUUAUACCAAAUUCUCUACUUGAAUUGAAUGGAAAGCUGACAGGGUUGAUUUUAAUGAGGUUGUCAACACUGCAUACACUAUGGAAAAAUAAAGAGAUAAUGUCAACGGAAUAGAAUGCUGUCCUCGAAUAAUAGGUUCCUGCUGUUAAAUAAAAGCGAAAAGGUCAGCUGAUGAUUGUUUUCCAAAUGGGAGACGUUGAGUCUGUGGCAGCGCUCUCUGUGCUGGCAUGGACUCUCUUCAUUAUGGGGAGUGAUUGCUGUAAAUGUAAUCCUACAUUUCAGGAAUUACAUGUAUUUCAAGAAUCGCUUUUUAUUUCCUAUCGUUACACAGUUUUGUCUAGCAGAUCAUUUUCCUCGGUCUGUUGUGCAGCAGACAUGGAGACACUCAAUAGCCAUGGUCUGUGCUGUAAUGCACGCUCUCUCUCGGUUACACACACACACACACUUCUGGACCAAAUGCUACCAGACCCAGGGUUGAGAAGAUCACUGAAAAUCUUCCCUAACUGAUCCACGUCAGUGGUGAUUCUGUCCCCACCACUUUUAUAUCUAUCUUAAAGGGGGAAAGUACCCAUAAAACUGCUGUUUGCCCCCCAGCAAUUUUAACCACAUGGAGGUGCAUUUGUCUUCUCUUGAUACAUUAUUCUGGGGGGAAAGAAUGAGUUGAAGAAUGUUCUGAGGUAACCCAAGACCAUCUGCUGGAUCGGUGUUGUCACUCACACCUGCUGCAAUCGAGAAAUGCAAUUUUGUAAAUGUAUACAGUCUUUCAAUAUGUUCUCUCCAGCAAUUGAUCUUUUGGCUAGGCAGGAGCAUCUUUUGAUCUGACCACCUGCUUCCUGAAUGUACCACAAACCCUUGCACCAUAUUUCCUAAGUCACAGUUUUCUGCAUGGACAUCUGGGUCAUUAUUGAACCAGUGCUGGAUAUUUGCCUGUCUGUUAUUUAUGUAGUAAGUGGCACUGAGAGAGCCAGUGUGAUGCGGUCAUUUGGCACUAAGGCUGAGGUGUCACAGGUUCAAACCUCACUUAACAGUGAAGCACACUGGGUGAUCUUAGGCCAACAGAGUGACCAGUUCGUCUUGCAGGGUUUCUGUGAGAAUAAAAAAGGGGGAGGGAUUUAUGCUACCCCUGUGCUUUUUGGAGGAAAGGUAAGGUAAAAUAUUCUGCAUCUAACUUCCUACAAGCUCUGCUGAGUCUUUUGGGGGUUGGCAGUAAUGUUCUGGACCAGCUGAAACUUCCCACAGCUGUCCAAAGAGUUGUAGCUGCUACCGGAACAUGAGAUUAAGCAUUUGUUUUCUAUCUUUAGGCUGCGGGACAAACUUUUCAGUUUCCAGACUUGUUUCCAGAAAAAGAAGAAGUCAUUGAGCCUGGCUCUUUUGAAGAUACCCAGAAGAAAUUUAUGGAAGAUGAGAGGCAGAGGCAGAAAGGCGACCCCAGGCAAGCAGACGUUCCCUACUGGUUUGGACUUUGAUGGAAGCAGCUCGGAGGGACUCAGACCAUUGCACCCAGGAUGGGUUCUAAUCUUGUACUGUCAUUAUGUGGACGUCAUCCCCACUUCUAUAAAUCCUUUUGAAAAUACACUGCUCAUACUCCUUUUGUGCAGCAGGAUCACUUCAGCUCUUUCCAUUUCAGCUCAUGAUGUUUCUUUUUGUGGAUGGAAAUGCUAACUGCUCUAUCCAUCCCGAAGGCCUUUUCCAUUUAGGCUGUUGCUCUCCCCUUUUCCUGGUCUGAAUAGUUUAUUUCAACGCUGUUCACUGGCAUAUAGAAAGGCUGGGACAGCCAAUACUGUAACCAUGAGGGCCAUAUGCAAGAUUUGGGGUGACCUUUGCUAUCUCUGAAUUGGCAUAAAUAAAAAAAUUGUCCAGGAGCAACUUAGCACUAAGUUCCAUUUCAUGCGACUCAGUGUGGUGCCUUCCAUGGUUCUAGAUUCAGGUAGGUAGCCGUGUUGAUCUGAUGCAGUCAAAAUAAAUUAAAAAAUUAAAAAAAUUGUCCAGUAGUACCUUAGAGACCAACUAAGGUGCUACCGGACAAUUUUUUAAUUUAUUACGACUGCGUCAGACCAACACGGCUACCGACCUGAAUCUGAAUUGGCAGACAGCCUCAUACUUUGGGCACCUCACACUGUUUCAGGGAUGACCCUGUUGGAUGUGUGGGAUUGAAGUGGGAACCAUUAAUGAGACACUAGCACGAUGGCGUAUUUGGGAGUGGAGGUAUCGCGCAAUGUCUUCCUGCAGCCUGAAAGAUCGUUCUGAAUUUUCAAAGCGUGUAUACACAAACUGAGCUCCUGACCCAGUAAAAGGCACUGCCUUGCCCACUUAGUUAUUGUGUGUGUUGUCCAUGUGUUGGCUUUGUCUAUCAGGAUUCUCAAGUCAUUGCAUAAGGCUGCACUUCUCUCCCCGACUUGAAUCAGUUACAAUGACUUGGGAAAAGGUUGCCAUUUGCCUCGAUUCUUGUUUAAAGAAUUCUUUGCGCUUUUGUGUAUGCUUAGUCCUGCUUUCCAUUUUCUUAUCUCUUAUUUUUCAAGUUUGUUUUUCAGUUUUCAAUGAAGAUGGCACAACAUUAGGCAGCCUGCUCUGUGGAAGCUGAGCUCUGUUGCAUUUUAGGGAAAUACUAAUUCAGAUUUUGUGGUCUGUGGCUGGAUAUCCCAGAGGCCUAUGCUGCUACCUAAACCACCAGUGUGUGCCUCAAUAAACAUGACCCUUUCCCCUCCCUGGUUCUCUUUAAUUCAGCAAAGCGUCCGCCACUGUUUAGUAGGAGGGGAAAACAUGCUGGAUGUGACAGACUAUGAGCAUUUUUCUGUUGUUGAGCUCCAGAGCUGCACUGUGCCCAGCCAAAGGCUGGGGCUUUGUUGACUUACUCGCUGCAAUAGACCUAAGCCCUUGUGACUGGUGCACAUAGCCUAACCUGGCUUAUAGAGGUUGGCUUAGCUUGCGUACCUUUCUUUAUAUCCAGACUCCUUUAGAAUCCUGAGUGAUCAGUGGGUCAGGCUUGCUUAAGCCUGUGGAUGACCCACUUUCCCUUGGGAUCUUCCUUUCCCCUUUUGCUAGCCAGCUAUGCAAUUAUUCCACUGUUACUCAAUCAAAAGCAGGAAGCCAAGUUGAUAGACCAUUGUCUCCCAAGAGGGAAUAAUAUUUGAAUCCCAAGGCAAAGCACAUUCAGUGCAACAUAAUAGACGUAUAGAAGUCUGAAGGGGACAGUUUCAUACAUCUACCAAAGUGUUGGGGUCAUUCUUACUCAUAUCACCUGCUUUUUAAUUAGAAGCUUAAUUCAUAAAAUUUUCCCCACCAAAAUAUUGCCUCUACACACACACAUAUAUAUGCAGUUGUACCUUGGAAGUGGAACGGAAUCUGUUCCGGAAGUCUGUUUGACUUCCAAAACGUUCAAAAACCAAAGUGUGGCCUUGGAUUGGCUGCUGGAAGUUCCUGCAGCCAAUCAGAAGCCCUGUUGGACGUUUGGCUUCCAAAAAUCGUUCGCAAACUGGAACAUUCACUUCCAGGUUUGCUGUGUUUGGGAGCCCAAACUAGAAGUAAGCUGUUCAAAAACUAAGGUACGGCUGUAUAUAUAUACAGUGGUGCCUCGCAAGACGAAAUUAAUCCGUUCCGCGAGUCUCUUCGUCUUGCGGUUUUUUCGUCUUGCGAAGCACGGCUAUUAGCGGCUAUUAGCGGCUAUUAGCGGCUUUAAGAAAAAGGAAACAAACUCGCAAGAACUCGCAAGAUGUUUCGUCUUGCGAAGCAAGCCCAUAGGGAAAUUCGUCUUGCGGAACGACUCAAAAAACGGAAAACUCUUUCGUCUAGCGAGUUUUUCGUCUUGCGAGGCAUUCGUCUUGCGGGGCACCACUGUAUAUGUGUGUGUGUGUGUGUAUGUGUGUGUGUGUGUAUGCGCACAGAAGCAAUUAAUACAUUCUUUUCUUUAAGCUGACUUGAGCAAGUUUCCAGCUUAGAUAUAAGGAUGCUCUGUUCAUCCUAUGAUACUUAACCUGGUUCACACAGCUCCUAGUAGGGCAUUUCUUCCUGACUUCCUUUUCCACAUCAAGACUUUAGGCAAGGAGAAAGUGAUUGCCUGGGGAUUCAGUUGUGCUAAGCUGCUUCUGGUGAACUUUGGCUUCAUUUUUGCAUAACAUUGCUGCUCGACUGAAUAUGCCCUCGGAACAAAAAAAUACCACCAGCAGAAGUUCUUCAGAUUUGAAGGUGGAAGGUAGUGGAAAGCUAGGAGAUGAACAGGGCACAGAGAGAAUUAAUCCCCACCCAGUUUCUUCUAGCUACACCCAUGGGCUCUACACUGGAGCCUGGAUGGCUGGACAGAGGAAUUGUUUGGGGAUGAGGAUAUUUAUUGAAUGUGGUGCCAGCUUGUCCUCUUGUGUAAUUCUUCUACAGAUGUACAAAACAACACAGAAUGUCAAAGCUUGGUGAGUGCUUUGGCUUCUACUCAACUGAUCUGUCUGGAUGGUAGAUUAUUGAUCUUUGGAGUGGUCUUUGGGAGGCAAAGGGUCAUGAUUCGUGCUUUCUUAACCAGCAACAUAGCGAAAUCUCCGAAUAGUGAAAUGGAUAAAGUGGACUUUUGUCCACAAAGGCUUAUACCAUAAUAAAUGUUAGUCUUUACAAUGUC